AUGGAUUUCUUUUCGAAGGACUUCAAUGCGAGCCUGGCUCUGAAAGAACUGGCUGUACCGGAUGGCCAGACGCCCGUGAUUUUUGAUUCGAUCGAUGAGUUCGAAGAAAACCUAAUUCGCACAAAUGCUCCGCUUGUGAGAGAAUUACAAAAAAUUGAAGCUGAUAAGCGAUGCACAAAGAAAAAACGGAAAGAACGGCUAUCAAAUGUAUGUGCGGCAGUUGGACGAACCGUGCUGGAAACGCUUCCAUCGAAAAAGACAGUGCAAAAGUCCGACGCUGGACCCUUGAAGAAGCUAAGUGAAUGCGUGGAGCAAAAGCGUUGUGUCACCAUUGUGCUACGUGGAUUGAACACCGUAAAUUGUCACAUUUCGGCGCAAAUUGUCUCGUUCGAUAAUCACUGGAACCUCAUUAUCAGGUGCGCGAUCCAGUUUCAUAGUUAUAACUAA